AAUCCCUUUCACAUUCGUUUACGAAAUAUUCCCUACUCUCACUGGAUCAAUGAUGCUGUGCCUUAAAGCUCGCCCUCUGCUUUCCUCCCUAUUUUUCCUCACUUUCCGAGCACCCAAACACCUGAAAGGCACUGUCAGAUUUUCCAGCAAGGCCUCCGGGUCUCCCAUUACCAUGUCGAUUAUCGAGCAUGUGGUGCUGUUCAAGGUCAAAGAGGACACGGAGCCGUCGAAGGUCAAUGCCAUGCUCAACGGGCUGAAUGCUCUGGUCUCGCUGGACCAGGUCCUCCACCUCACCGCCGGGCCAAUCCUUCGGGUCAGAUCCUCGCUUUCCAACUUCACCCACGUGCUUCACAGCCGGUACAAGUCGAAAGAGGAUCUGGGUGCCUAUGGUUCUCACCCCGACCACCAGCGCGUGGUGAAGGAGAACGUGCUCCCCAUCUGCGAAGACGUUAUGGCCGUCGAUUGGGUCGCCGAUCAUGAUCCCAACCCCCUUGUCCCGCCACCUGGGUCUGCGGUCAAAGUCUCAUUCCUGAAACUAAAAGAGAACGUUGCCGAUGAAGCUAAAGGUGAGGUCUUGGGGGUAAUCAAAGGGAUUAAGGAGGGGGUUUCCGGGAUUCAGCAGAUUACCUGUGGGGAAAAUUUCUCUGAGAGAGCUAAGGGCUUUUCCAUUGCUUCAAUCGCGGUUUUCCCUGGGGUGCCGGAUAUGGAGGCGGCGGAGUCUAAUGAAGAGUUCGUGAGCAUCCAGAAGGAGAAGGUGAGGGAGUAUUUGGAUGGCGUCAUUGUUGUGGACUAUGUGAUUCCUUCAUCCUCCUCUUGAAGACAUUUUUAAGGAUCUAUCAAGUGAUUUGCAGAAACCGAUGGAUGAGUAUAUCAAGAAGAUUAAUGACCUCUACAAGCAGAAAGAGAAGAUAUGGAUGCCUGAAAGAAGUGUGGUGAUUAUCUUUUUACUAUUCUUUAGUGCUAUCCAAAUUUGUAAUGGUUAUGCAAGGAUUUUAGUGUUUCACAAGAAUAAAUCACAAAUGCAAAGAUGGUCAAAAUAUUGAACUUUGUGGAUGUUGUGCUGGAGAAUUCCAUCACUAUAAUAAUAGUCUAGACUAAGGUAGAGAAGAGAUUUCUUCAAUUUGAAGCACUGAUGGUUUUGCAUUACAAAUAUCUUUUGUUAUUUUCUCAUGUCUUAGUCUUUAAGUUUGUAUAAUGCCUCAUUAUGCUGCUUGGGCACGUACUUGGAAAUGUUUAACAUAAAUAG